AUUUGAAGUAUUCUAUUUAAUCAUGUCGACUAGCAGUGGUCAUGAAGAGACUUCACCCUACGAUAUUACAUCACCGACAGAUUCUGUUAUUGGAGCUGAUUUCCAGGGUUUGAGUAGUGAGGAGCAGGAGAGGCAGAGAGAUGAGUGGAAGGCAGAGCUCUCCAAGACCGAGGAGGAGAUUCUAACCUUGAAGCAGGUUCUCACCAGCAAGGAGAGACAUGCACAAGGAUUGAAGCGAAGGCUUGGUAUCACUGCUUGGAGGGAGUUUUCCGAGGAUAUGACCCAGGGACUAAAGAAUCUCCAAGAAUCUGCUACAUAUAAGAGAACUUCUGAAAACCUGAUCUUUGCCAAGGAGAUAGCUAAAGAGAAGACUGCUAGUAUGUGGAGCGGUAUAGCCGGCAGUAAUGCUUUUCAGAAGGUAUUGUACAAUAUACAAUAACGUGUUCACGGAUAAAAACUUUAGAAA